ACACAUCAACCACAUUGAUCACAACUGAGUGAAGGUCAGUUUUGGUUGCGAGCCACGUGCAUGGAGACGCGUAAGUGAAAACCCGCCCAAUGCUUGGUUAAUGCGUAUGCAAACAUGGCUAAGCUGGUGGGAUUUUUUGUCAGUGGUGCUGCAUGACGCACCACUCGAACGUCGCAUAAAUACGUUGCGACGUCUGCGCCGGCGCAACAGAACGUAAUCAACGCGACAUCCACGAUGAGUUGUUUUCUUCAAUUGCUGCUGAUGUGUGGUGCAGCUGUGGUGCUGCAGGCUUACGGCUUGGGUGGCAUCAGUGCGGUGCCGGUGGUGCAACAAGUGCCGGUGGUGCAACAAGUGCCGGUGGUGCAGCAAGUGGCCGUAGUACAACAACAACCACAGGCGCUGGCCUUAGGUGGUGGCUUGCUGGGCGGUGGUGCAGCUGGCUUCGGCGGUGGUUUCGGCAGCUAUCGCGAGACCUAUCGCGUUAGAGGACGUGCCUUCGGCGGCGGUGGCUUCAAAGGUGGCCUUGGACACGGCGGCUUUGGCGCCGGUGGCUUCGGCGGCGGCGGUUUUCGCGCACGCUACGACAAAAAGGUCGUGGGUGGAUUUGGUGGUGCUGGCGUGCUGGGCGGUGCAGGCGGUGGCGCACUGUUUGGAUAAUUAAAUAUUAGUAAUAAUUAGAAACUUAAUA